UGUUCCCCUACUAAUGUUCCGAUCAGCAGUCGGUAAAGUAAUUCGUCUCGGAGCUCAGUCCUCCAAAAGAAUGAGUUCUACUCUAACUCUUGCUUCUCCUUCCCGCUCCAAUGUCGGGUAUGCGCUUGCUCUUGGAGCCUUCGGAGCAGCCUCAAUCUUCAUGAUUAGAAAGCAUUUGAAUGCGCAGGAAAAAGAAGGUGGUUAUUUGUACACUUGGGGAAGUGGGCAAUUUGGACAACUCGGAAUUGGUACGCAGAACGAUGAGUCGCUUCCUCAGAUUGCCAAGGAAAUCGACAACGAAAUCUGCACUUUCACUGCUGCCGGAGCGAACACUACCGCUGCCAUUACGCAGGGAGGCGUGUUGUGGACCUUCGGUCAGGGCGACAGCAACCAGCUCGGCCACGGCGACACGGGCGAUUGCUCCAACCAGGUCCUUCCGCGCGAAGUGGAAGAUGCCUUCGAUGGCCUCUCCGUCGUGAACUGCUCCAUCUGCGACGGCCACAUGGCCGCCGUUACCGAGGACGGCUCCGUCUGGACCUGGGGUCGCGGCACCUUCGGCCGUCUGGGUCAUGAAGUCCACGAGACCGGAAUUCCCGAAAAAGUCCCCGGAUUGGACGGCAUGCGCUUCGUGAAGGUCGCCUGCGGCCACGUGCACACCCUCGCCCUGACCGAUGAUGGCCGCGUCUUCGCGUGGGGCAACAACAAAACCGGCUGCGUGGGCGUUUCGGACCGCGGCACGUGCGCCCCGCAGGAAAUCGAGUCUCUGCGCGGAAAGAAGAUCAUCGACAUUUCCGCGGGAAUGGAGUCGUCUGCGGCGCUGUCGGCGGAGCACGAGGUGUACACGUGGGGCGCGGACAACUACGGGCAGCUGGGUCUGGGCCAGGGAGCGCGGUACAUCAGCCAACCGACGCGCAUCCGGACUCUGCGCAAUGUGCCGAUCGUGCAGAUCGCGUGCGGGCAGUACCACAUGCUGGCGCUGUCGGCGGCCGGAGAGGUGUACGCGUGGGGCCAGGGCCUGCAGGGCCAGACGGCGAACGAGAAGAAGGUGGACACGAACAUCCCGCACGUGAUCGACGCGCUGAAGGAGAGCCGUGUGAAGAUGAUCGCGGCGGGAGGGUCGCAUAGCGCGGUGGUGGACGAUAAAGGACGGCUGUUCACGGUAGGAGAGGAGGAGGACUGGGAGGUAGUUCGGGUGCGGACGGAACGGACAGCUGGGGAGAGGCGAUAA